GCCGGCGCCUGCGGCUGAGGAGGAGGAGGAGGAGGUGGGGGAAUCGCGCCGGGCGGAGCGUCAGGUCCCGUUUUCCUCCUCGGCGUCUUGAAUACAAAGAUUACGGUGCAGAAGGAAAUUGCACUCGCCUUCUCCGCCCCCCGCCCCGGUACCCAACACAAUGCACCAGCCGCCCGAGUCCACGGCGGCCGCGGCCGCUGCAGACAUGAGUGCUAGGAAGAUGGCGCACCCGGCAAUGUUCCCUCGAAGGGGCAGCGGCGGGGGCAGCGCCUCAGCUCUCGGUGCAGCAGGUACCGGCGUCGGUAGUAGUGCCCCAUCUGCCGAGGAUUUUCCGCCUCCGUCGCUGCUCCAGCCGCUGCCUCCUGCAGCAUCUUCUCUGUCGGGACCACAGCCUCCGCCUCCACAAAGCCUGAACCUCCUUUCGCAGGCUCAGCUGCAGGCACAGCCUCUUGCGCCAGGCGGAACGCAGAUGAAAAAGAAAAGUGGCUUCCAGAUAACGAGCGUGACCCCGGCUCAGAUCUCCGCUAGCAUCAGCUCGAACAACAGCAUCGCAGAGGACACGGAGAGCUACGACGACUUGGAUGAGUCUCAUACGGAAGAUCUGUCGUCUUCCGAGAUCCUUGAUGUGUCGCUUUCCAGGGCUACGGACUUAGGGGAGCCUGAACGCAGCUCCUCGGAAGAGACUCUCAAUAACUUCCAGGAAGCCGAGACACCUGGGGCGGUCUCUCCUAACCAGCCCCACCUUCCUCAGCCUCAUUUGCCUCACCUUCCACAACAGAACGUUGUGAUCAAUGGGAGUGCUCAUCCACACCCCCUCCAUCACCACCAUCCCAUUCAUGGCCACCACCUGCACCACGGGCACCACCAUCCAUCUCAUGCCGGUGUGGCCAGUACAUCCAUCCCUGGAGGGCCGCCCUCAAGCCCAGUGUCCAGAAAACUCUCGGCCGCGGGAAGCUCUGACGGUGUUAUGCCAGUGGCACCAACUUCUGCUGUAUCAUCGAGUGGCUCGCCGGCAUCUGUCAUGACUAGUAUCCGUGCUCCGAGUACUACCGGCAGCCUAGGUAUAAAUUCUGUUACGGGCACCAAUACGAUGAAUAACGUUAACAUCACUGCUGUGGGUAGUUUUAAUCCUGCUGUGACCAGCAGCAUGCUUGGUAACGCUAAUAUAAGUGUGAGCACUAUCCCCAGUGCUGCUAGUAUGAGUGUCGGGCCUGCAGUGAGCAGCGGGGUUAAUGUGAAUAUCUUGAGUGGCAUGGGCAAUGGUACGAUUGCUUCCUCCGCGGCCUUUAACAGCGCUGCCAGUGCAGCAGUGGGCAUGACAGUGGGGGCCGUUUCGAGUCAGCAACAACAGCCAACCGUUAACACGUCCAGGUUCAGAGUCGUGAAGUUAGAUUCUACUUCUGAGCCUUUCAAAAAAGGUCGAUGGACUUGCACUGAGUUCUAUGAAAAAGAAAACGCCGCCGUACCUGCCACCGAAGGGGUGGUGGUAAAUAAGGUGGUGGAAAGUGUAAGACAGAACACGACCGAAGCGACUUCCGAGAGGGAGAGCACGAGUGGGAGCUCUGUGAGCAGCAGCGUCAGCACACUGAGUCACUACACGGAGAGUGUGGGCAGCGGAGAGAUGGGCACCCUGGCGGCCCCGCCGGUGCAGCCGCAGCCGCCCCCGACCCUUCCAGGGGUGGCCCUUCCGCAGAUGGACUUCAGCAGCACCGCUCCACAGGGCAUUUCAGCAGUUAGCAUCCCUCAGAGUAUUUCUCAGUCGCAGAUCUCGCAGGUUCAGUUACCGUCUCAAGAACUGGGCUAUCAGCCGAAGCCAGGUCUUCCACCAGUACCUCUGCAAGCCGGUAUUCAGCCGUCACCUGUUGGCGUGGUGGGCGUCACUUCGGCUUUAGGUCAGCAGCCUUCCAUCGCCAGCCUGGCUCAACCCCAACUGCCCUAUUCCCAGGCGGCCCCCCCAGUGCAAGCUCCCCUGUCAGGGGCGCCACCCCAACAGGUACAAUAUGGCCAGCCGGCGCCAGCUGUGGCCACUCCAAUGGCCCCAAGCCACGGUACAUCAGUAACUCCGAACCCAGCCUCCGAGUAUGUUCAGCCCUCACCGCUUCUCCAAACAGCGGUAUCCUCUGGACAGCCCACUUCUGCAGGGGUGGCCGUGGGAGCCACGGUGAUUCCUAUGGCUCAGCCACAGAGCAUCCAGCUCCCAGUGCAGCCCGCGGCAGUCCAGGCACAACCUGCAGGGGCAGCUGGCCAACCUGUUGGCAAGGCUCACACGACAGUAGCUGCGGUACCUCCCGGCAGUCAAAUCGCAAAUAUUGGUCAACAGACAAGCCUACCAUCGGCACUGCAGCAGCCCUCCACCCAAGUCACACCUUCAGUUAUCCAGCAAGGUGCUCCUCCGUCUUCACAGAUAGUGCCACCUGCUCCAGCUGCGAUCCUUCAUCAGGGAGUUCAGCCCAGCGCUUCAAGCCUUCCUCAGCAACUGGUCAUUGCACCCCAGAGUACCCUGUUACCUGUGCCUCCCCAGCCACAGGGGGUCGAGUCGGUAGCUCCAGGAGUGGUUUCGAAGCAGUUGCCUGCAGUUAGUCCUUUGCCCUCUGCUAGUAGUAUUUCUGUUACAAAUCAGGUUAGUUCAGCUGGUCCUUCUGGACUGCCUUCUGCCCCGACAAACUUGGUUCCGUCACAGAAUAUAGCACAAGCCCCCGCCACUCAGAAUGGUAAUUUGGUUCAAAGUGUCAGUCAGCCUCCCUUGCUAGCAUCUAAUAUAAAUUUGCCUUUGGCGCAACAGCUACCACUCAGUUCUGUUCAAUUCUCCGCACAAUCAUUAGCUCAGGCAAUUGGAAGCCAAAUCGAAGAUGCCAGGCGCCCAGUGGAACCCUCCUUAGUUGGCUUACCUCAGACCAUCAGUGGUGACAGUGGGGGAGUGUCAGCAGUUUCAGAUGGCAGUAGCAGCAGCCUUGCAGCCUCUGCUUCUCUUUUCCCGUUGAAGGUGCUACCGCUGACGACACCCCUGGUGGAUGGCGAGGAUGAGAGUGCUUCUCUCCUACCAGAGGUGCAAGGAGUGAUCCUAGAACCACAGAUACAGCCAAGACCACGGAGAGCUUUUGACGUCAGGGGUCCACUUUCUCCACUGAACCUUUGGAGGCAGAAUAUCCAGCUUCUGGAGAGAGUUGGGAAAGGGUAUCUUGAUAAUGGGAGACCGGUUUAUUUGUUCUCUAAUUGCCCAGAUUUCUUUCAACUGGUAAACAUCCUCCUUCAGCCAAAGGAACUCUAGCAGAGCCUUCAUGGACGAUAUCUGUCACACAUGCAGCAACUGCAGUUUGGAAGGCAGUGGUGAACGGAGCCAUGCACUAUAUCUAGAAGACACAAGGAUGAGAGAGCCACCUGAUCUUGUCAUUGAUAAACUUUGAGAUUUUCUCUGGUGUACUCUUGAUCUGGAAAUGGAAAGGCUCAAAUAAUGACGUAAUUUUUUCAGAUUGGAACUUUACAUGACCGUGAAACUAUUCCUUUCUAUUCAGAAGACUGAACUAGAGGAAGCAUGAGAGACUCCUUUCUUUAAAAAAAUAGCUCUCUAUCUGUUUCACUUAAAAGAUUUGUGGGAUUGAAAAUCACCCUAAUGAAGCAGGCAGAUUUUUUGGUAGUCUCAGAGACCCAGAAAACUUAAUGAAACUUGCCUUUUGUUGCCCAACACUGAAAAGAACUAGGAAGUAAAGGGUGAAAAUCUUAAUUAUUCCUAAAUUACUUUUAAUAUUAGAAUGUACUUUUUUGGUUUAUCUUUUUCUAGCCUUGAGCCUUAUUCUUGUCCAAUCAACAGAUUCCAGUGUAGAAGUAGAGGCACCUUCUAAGUUAAGUCUUUCAAAGUAAAUACCUGUUAAACUUGAGGUAUUAUUCUGCGUUUGCAGGCAUUCUAAAGUUGAAUGAUACUGAAACAAAGAGGUAUUUUAUAGAGCAAAGGCAAGUAGUAGUAGUAGAAUAAGCCUCUGUGUGUGAAUUAAGUGUUGCAAGAAAGUUAUCCAAACUAUGGAUUUGAUAAAUUGAUGGCAGUAGCUAUCAAAAUGUUUUAUUUCUCUUUUUAGUAUCUAUUAAACUAGUCAGUUGAAAGCUACUCUAGAGGUUUUUUAAAGUUACGCGAUGCUGCCAGUUUAUUUGGUUUAAACUUUUAAGAAUAGAAAUUCUAGAGAUAACACUGUGGAAGCAUCUAACUGUUUUAGGAAUCUUAAGAGGCUUUAGAAACCACACUUGCUAGGUUAUAACCUGGCCUUUAGUCUUUGUUGGCUAUGUGUGGGACCCGUUUUCCCCUCAUUAAUUAUACAUAAACUUUUGUAUAUAUGGUACUUAAAAGUAAGUUUAAAAGAUCAGUUUGAGCUAAAAUUUCCCAGGAGAGCUCUGAAUUCCCAUAAACGAUUAUAACUUUUUACUCUUGAUUUGCUUUUGUUAAAAGUUAAUAAGAUAGUUUUUACAAACACAUAUAAAUUAAAAAACAACUACUCAACAUUUUAGAAAGAACUCAGGGACCUGAAGGCCAGUUUAUGGCCUUUUUCAGUUUUGAAGAGAAAUGAUUUAGUCUCUUAAUCCCAUUCAUCUCAUGCUUUGAUUAAAUUUUAGCUUUGUUCCUUAAAGUGUGCAAAAGAAAUGUAAGUGCAUUUCUAUUCAUCUCAUGCCACUGAAAGCUUUUUAAAAGUGAAACUUCAUGUAUAUUAAUGUGAACUGAUUUGUUUAAACUUUUAUUUUGAUUCAUUUUCUUUCAGAUUUUAAAAUAUUUCAUGUCACAAUAUGCAGUCCUAUAUUUUUCAGUGUUUAUUUUAUGAAUAUUAAUAUAAGCUAAUUUUUUCUAGAAUGACCAAUUGUGUAACAUUUGUAUUAUGUGAUCAUUUGAAAAACUAAUAAAUAUUUUCUCCAUGAAA